GUACUCUGGCGCAUCACUCCACACUUUAUUACAGUUUACUCUCCAUUUGGUGUUCGUGUCGAGUGUUAGAGUGCGUUUCUUGUUAUUGUUCUUAAUCAUACGACUUGGCUGACUUACUGGACUUUGUUAUUUUCUUAUUUCGUGACCUGGCGUUACAAACUGGACUAUCGAUUAGCUUUGUGAUUUGGAUUUUCUACAAGGAUAUGGAAGAAGUUAAUAUUGCAAGUGCUAUAUGUGUCGGUUGCCGGCGAAGUUUGAAUCGUAUUGGUGGAGCUCGCAGAAGAUCAAUGAUCUUAACUGCCGAGCUAAUGCAAAGCCACCCUUUUUUGAUGUCAUACUGUUUAGAAGUUAUCAACAUAUAUCAGUUUGAUGGAAACAGCCAAAUAUGUCGUUUAUGUUUUCAACGAGCACAGCGAUACGGUAUCCGCCAUCAAUCUACAGUUGACGUACCAGAUCAAACAGGAGAACCAAAUACAUCAGCUGUUCAAGAUAUGCCUAUGCAAAUUAUAGUUGAAGAAAAUUCCAUACCAGAUCAACCUAAUCUUCAAGUAAAUGAUAAUAUGCGCGAUCAAGAAGUUCAAGUAAAUAGACCGCAGAUGAUAGAGAUACCCGGAUACAGGCGAGCGCCGUUUAAUACCCAAUUAUGUCUUCUUGCUGAUUGCACAAAUAGAAAUCUUCGAAGAAUCCCCAUUGAUAUAAGGGCCACAGUUCUACAAGAAAAAUGUUUUUAUAUACCACGUGGGACGCGCGUAUGUGAAGAACACUCUGAUUUUUUAUGGCAAAAUGUUGAAAAUAACACACGCCGCGUGUAUAAUACUUUUUCGCCUACAAAUGUCAAAGAUAUGAUGGAUAGUUUACGGAAACAUAAGGUUUUUUUAGAUUUUGAAAAAUUAUCGUCAAUAAGUAAUGCGGUAUUUCUUUAUUAUAUAGGAUUUUCUAAAGAAAAAUUCCAACAAAUCUUACAGAGAACACCCAGUGUGAUGCAGCGCUUCAGAAAAAAACCAAAAACAAGUCUUGCGACAGUCCUAGCUAAACUCCAUACAGGUGAAUCAAAUCAAAGGCUAUCUACCAUAUUUAAAAUGUCCAGAAAGACAUUCGAAAAGACGAUGCGGUUGGUAAGAAGCUGUUUAAUCAAAGAAUUUGUGCCACAGUAUUUGGGUUAUAACCAUUUAACACGUGAAGAGGUUAUAUCCCGAUCUCUUUCUAUUCCCAAUACUUUAUUUGGAAAUCCAGAUGCUUCUUUGCGUGACCGUAAAGCCAUAAUUAUAUUAGAUGGCACAUAUAUUUACCUGCAAAAAAGCAGUAAUUAUUAUUUCCAACGAAAAUGUUAUAGUCUACAUAAAUACCGUCAUUUGGUGAAACCUUUUCUAUUAGUUUGUCCUGAUGGCCAUAUCAUUGAUGUUUAUGGUUUAUACGAAGCUACUAAAUCUGACGCAACUAUAUUAACUGAGAUAAUGAGAAAUGGCCAGGAUCCCUUUCAUUGGUUUUUCCAAGAAGACGAUGUCCUGAUUUUAGAUAGAGGCUUCAGAGAUAGUCUUGAAGAAGUGGAGACUUGUGGCUACCGUGCAUAUAUGCCAGCCACAAAAGGAGCAACUGAACGUCAGCUAACUGUACAACAAGCUAAUGCCUCGAGAAAAGUUACAAUGUGCCGAUGGGUCGUAGAAACGAUAAACGGCAGGUUGAAAAAUCAAUUUAGACAGUUAAGAUCACAAAACUUUAACGUAGCGGCUCUUCAUUUAUUUGACGAAAUCAAAAUUGCGUCAGCACUUCUUAAUGCAUAUGGCCAACCUUUAAAGGACCAUAGAUUAGUUAAUGAAAUAAUAAAUAGAAUACCACGAAGUGAUGGGAAUAAUAAUCAGUUAAGUGAGUAUGUGUUAACUAAUAAUUUAAACAGGAGACAAGCUCAUUUCGAACCUAUAAAUGCUGUCUCUUCUGACAGAGACGAAUUUCCUGUUAUAAGUGCAGAUGACUUGAUUAUUUUCGCGUUGGGUACGUACCAAAUUCUGCAAGCCCGAAGUUAUUAUGGAGAGCAUAUUAAAAACGGGUCGUAUUUCAUUGAAAUAUACAAGGAUACGACACAAUAUCCCAAUGAUCAUACUUCUUGGCUUCUGAGGGGAAAAAUAAGAUCUCGUCAUGUUUCUAACCGGACCUAUUUUGUGUACAUUCUAAUAAAACAAGGAUACCAAGGCAUUGAUGCCAUAUCAGAACAUUAUUGUUCGUGCAUCGUUGGAAAACGUACUCUAGGGUGUUGCUCCCACGUUAUGGCUAUUUUAUGGUACUUAGGAUGGGGGCGAUACCAACAAAACCUAUCUCCCCCAGCGCAGUUUCUAGAUUCAAUAAUAAUUAGACAGGAAGUUGAAAAUGAAGCAUAUGACGAAUAAUAAAGAUCGUCCGAACAUUUAAUGUCCAAGUUCGAUCGGCUGCACUAAGCGUUUUAUGAUUACAUAUAAUGUAUGUGUACCUGUAAAUAUAUAUUCAUUUUUAUGAUUUAUUGUUUUUUUUUAAUAUUCUGAAAAGGACGCCGUGAAUGUAAUUAAUUGCAUUUACAAUAAAAUAUAUUACAAUUACGCCCACAUUAAAUGACUUAAUUCUCAUAUAUUUCCAAAACUUUAAGGUGGAAUAUGUCAGUUCCGAUAUUACUUAGACUGAAAUUCUUUUUUAAACCUUCAUUAUUGUGCACUACCCUAUACGUAGGCAAUAAUUUGAUCGGUGGCCGCUAAAAAAAAAAAUCAAGCCACGAGCCCAUACAAAAGUACCCAAACCCCUUUCAUUUGUUGUUGUGUGUUUGAACUGACUAAAACACACACACACUUCGCAAGGCAUGAAUAUAGCAUUGGCAGUAGAAAUAAGUAAAGAAGUAUUACUUUGUCAUAAGAGAUUUUUGUACCACAAAAAGCUCUUACUAUUAUGAAAAAUCUUUGUUUUCAAACUCUUUAGUUCCUUGCUCAGAUCAAUUUUGAAUUUUACAUGUUUUCAAAUUUCAGAAGUCACAAAACAUUUAUAUAAAAACAACAAUUAUAAAAAAAAAAUAUUUAUUUUAAGCCCUUCUUCUCACGAGAAUUUUUUUGAUCAACGUUAAAAAGCAUUUAAAUUUAUAGCUAUUUCCAACGCCUAAAAUUGAAAUUGCAACACUGCUCAAAAAAAGACAUUGUGUUUUAAAAAUGCUAUCGUGUGAACAUUUAUUUUGGAAUGCAUUUGUUGUAUUUGAAUGCUUUUUUAAUGUCUGUUAAAAAUAUUAUAGUGUGAAUGAGGUAACUUAGUAGUUAGAUAGAUAGUUAGCACUUUUAAAAUGGCAAGUGUGACUUUUCAUAGAGACUACCACUAGUUCAGGAGGAAGAAACUUAAUAUAUUAACCCUUGUUGAAAGGAAAUCAAAAAUGUCUGUUCUAUUGACCUACAACUGUGAAAUAUAUUUGUAAUUAAAUAAAUAAAAUGCAAAUUAAUCAAACAUUUAUAGAAAUUAAUCAUUGUAAUCAAUUAUUAAAGUUAAGCAAAUAUAGACCUACAAAACCCUCAGUGGGCGAGUCCAACUUACACUUGUCCAGGUUAACUUAACUAGCAGUAGUAAGCAAUUAAAGCAACUAUUGAAAACUAGUUUCCAUGUAGUCUGCAACUAAACAGUCAAUGCCAGUCAGGGUUGGCCAUAAAGUUGUUACUAGCAUAGCUUCACUCCUUGUGCUUAAUUAUCUCUAACCAAAUAAGGCAGGACUAUUAGAAUUGUUUAGUUUUUACUAUGCUAUGCAGUAUGUUCUGUAGAAUACUAUUUGUGAUAUUAUGUUGCAUUUCUGCACUUUUAUGUUUAGCAAUGACAUUGAUUAGAAAAUAAUAAUUUUUAUCAUGGCCAUGCUGUAUUCUUUUUUCCUAUAAGGUCAAUCUGUCUUAUACUACAGUCCUAUUCAAUGUGUACUGUUAAUCAACAAACAAAUUAGUUAUUAAGGUAGAAAACGCACAUCAUUUCAUAACUUAUUUAUUUAAAAUUAGGCAUUGCUUGUUUAUAAAAUGCAUAGACUUAUUAAAAAGUGGAUGCACAAUCAGCAACCAAAAAACGUCCCCACUCAAUGAGUGCCACAUACAACUACUUGGCACUCAAUUCAAGUAGUUGAAUUUGCAAAUUCAACCUUAAACUCAAUCUUUAAGGUUCAAUUUGCUCUGAAUUUGGGAUUUUAUUGAAUAUUGAACUAUAUUUAACCUAACCUAACCUAACUAUAUAUAUAGGCUAUAUUUUUUUUAUAAUUUUCUUUACCAAUAAUUCUAAAACUGUCAAAGUAAAAUUGGCCAGUUUUUAAGUGAAAUUUUCUACAUGAUUGUGCGUCCUUUUAUUAUAAG